AUGGCUAAUGACUGGCAGCCCGAGUGCCUUAUCACUCAGGACCAGGACCAGGACCAGGUAUCGGCUCAUUCUGAUCGAGCUUUGCAGAAUACUACUGGGAAUGUCCAGUCUUAUUCAGACCAUUUGACUCAUGCUGAUAUCACUACUCGCGAGGAUCAGCUUCACCAGCUUGGCUUCAAGUAUCCUCACGUUCCUCAUCCUCAACCCUUGUCGGCGUCCAGCUUGCAUCAGCAGCAGGUAGCGGCUCGGCUUCAUCAACGGAAGCUUCGCAGGCUUCACUCCGUUGUACCCAACUCUCAAUCUCGUCGGGCACGAAGCAGCUACCUCAAGUCCCAGAAGUACUUGGAAUACCGGGCUCGCCCUCGUCGCGAUACUGGGAAGGAUGGAGAGCCGGUGUGGUCUGAUGAGUUGGAGGAUGCUUUCCAGCAGGCCCUUGAGGCAAACCCUCCCAUGGGUCGGAGAAAGUGGUCCGAACGGGGGAAGUCGUAUGGCCGCAACGAGCUGAUUGCCGAGUACAUCUUCAAAUUGACUGGCAAGCGAAGGACUCGCAAGCAGGUAUCAAGUCAUCUGCAGGUCCUCGACUCUUUCCUAAAGGGCGAUCCUGAUUGGGAGCGACUUGUUCGUGAGGCAUCACCAGAGCGAUCAUCGAGUGUGCACGGCUCAGCACCGGCUCCCAAAUGGAGAACGGCAGUGGAGCAUCCUGCAGCAUCCAGCCACUACGGCAGCCACACACAUCCAUCAUACCAUGACCACAUGAGAUCUAUGCAGCCAUAUGCCGGAGAUCUCCCGCCGCCACACUAUACCCUUGGCUCCAAUAUGCAGGAGACUGCUGCUAGCACCAUUCAUGGCUUUAACUUUGACAUGUGGGUUAGCGCUCCUCAGCAGGCCAAUCGCAUCGACAAGGCAUUGCAUGUAUACACCCGUCUGCAGAGUGAUCUGCACCACCUUGUCCAGCCGCCCAUGCCUCUUGAACAAGUGAACGCUUGGCGGUCCUCUUUCCCUCAACUGGCUUCGAUGGUAGAUGACAUCAACAAUCCUAUGGACUGCGAUAUCAUUUUGCUAGAAGUGAACCUUGAGCUAAUGGCCGACUUCCCUCCUGCGGGAUCACGACUGGGAAUCCAGCUUGACCUUGACUUUGGUCACCCUCAUGCCGGCGAUGUGUUGGGAGUCAGCCAGAUGGAUAACUGGACCUGCAGCACACACGUCUAUGAAGAUGGCCAGAGCCUCCGGGAUACUUACCACGAUCUACCCAAAACCCAGUCGACCAAGGUCAAGCCUCUCUUCGAAUCCUCUUGGUGGGCUAAGCUAUUCACCGAGUUGACCCAGGAGAAGCGUAUGGCCGAAGACUCGGGAAACCCCCAAGCUCCGCGCGACGCUGACGAACAUACCCGUCACUUCUUCCGCUCCUUGUCUGCAGUACAAGAGCUCCGUGCCACCUCACCCAACUCUCGCCGGCUUUCAAACCAAUACCAAGGCCACCACGGUGAUGAGAGCAAGCGCAUGGCCGUUCUGGUGUGGAAGUUCCGACAAACCCGGCCCGGCGAAGUUGGCACAACUACUUGGAGACGACUAAUUCCGGCGCCGGACCGGACUACAACCAAUAGCCCGCGCCCAGUCUCCGGGGUCGAUCUUCCUCCCCUCUCUCUGGAUUCUAUCCUUCUCAACAAACAACCCCACCACGGUGUUUACCAGGCCCCUCAGCCCCAUGAGCUCAUCCACCACCCGAGCCAAUCUCACCCGCAAUGGCCCAUGUACCAAUCAUCCCACGACAACGUGGUUAAUCUUUUUAAUUCCUCCAACCAUCUCGACUUCAUGACAUCCAUCAGCAAAGCCGAAGACGGACUCAAUGACAAAACCGCCGUCACCUCCGUGCUGGAUUCCUUCUCCACCAGCCUCGCACCCGAGAGCAUCCCAUCCACAAGCCUCCACAGUUCCACCGGCGCACCAGUCAUGCUUAACGUGCACGACCUCCCACUCUCCCACCCAGGAAUGGGCUACACAAUGAGCCACGACGCAUCCCACUACGUCCCAUCCCAACAGCACAGCGUCAGCAUGCACGACAGCAACAGUGUGCUACACGGCUUCUUUGGAUCCAACACGCAGCCGCUUGAUGAUCUCAGCCACGGCCAUGCCUCAUGGGGCGCGCACUCUACAUCCAUUCCCGGAGAGGUCGGCGCCGCCAACUACCACCUUCCUUACCAGACGGAGCACCACGGACCCGUGUCGCGUGAGUCGCAGCCACACCAUUUCGACGGCCUCUUGCCCUCGGAGGACCUAAUGGAUAAGAUCGUCGGGCGCAUGUCCAAUGGUUCCAGCAUGCAUGGGGCGGGCCCUGAUGCGAGCGCGGGCUAUGAUAACGCCACGGGGGAUGCGGUAUAA